AUGCAGAUGCAGAUGCAGUCCCCCGAACGUCCGCCACCGUCCGUCAAAGAGAUCGCCAUGGCCCAGGAACGCGAGUUCUACAAGUACUGCCAACUCCCGCAACGGCCCGGCCUCCUCGAACGACCCCCCAUCUCCCCCAAAUCCGAGGCAAACCAUGAACUCCUCCCGCAGUCGUCCAACGACACAACCCUCACUGCGCUGGCGCAGCUGGGCGCCCUGCGACUCAACGUCCAGCGCUGCAUGAUCUCCCUCUUCGACCGGCGCACACAAUACAUCCUCGCCGAGGCAACCCGCACACUCAGCCUACAAGACGACCGCGUCCACCUCGACGGCGACGCCCUCUGGCUGGGGAGUAGUGUCAUCCCCAAGGCCGAGGGCAUCUGCCACUUUGUCUGCGACGACACGAAGCUGAACGCGGGCAAGGAGAGCGAUAAUGAUAGGAUCUGUACAGACCGGCACUGCGCCUUCGUCAUUCCGGAUCUCACAAAGGACGACCGCUUCAACCAACGGCAAUAUGUCGUCAACGCACCACACCUACGCUUCUACGCCGGCGUGCCCAUCCGCAGUCGCCGGGGUAUCGCCAUCGGCGCGUUCAGCGUCAGCGACGGACUCACUCGACCAGAAGGCCUAUCCCCGCUCGAGAUCCGGUUCAUGACCGAUACCGCAAUGGCGAUUAUGAAUCAUCUGGAGAUGGUGCGCUCGCAUGAACAGAAUCGGCGCAGCGCGAAUAUGAUUGCGGGAUUGGGGAAUUUUGUCGAUGGGGGGAUUUUUCCGUCGAGUAGUCUCCGUCGUACGCAGAGUCUUUUGGAUCCGAGUGUUGAUCGGGUGGAGGAGAAGGAGAUGCCGAAUGGGGUCACAGAGGAGAAGCAUUCAAGUACACCAUCGCGUCCACGGCGGUUUCUCAAGGAGCACCGCCUCUCGUUCAAGGAUCGACUGUCGAGGGAUAAGUCGCCUGCGCGGCCAGGCACAGCAGAAUCAAACGAGGGUCCCGAGAUCGAGUCGACAUCUACACCGUCCACGCCCAAACGAAACCGCCCAACCGAAGUCACAUUGACGUCCGGUACAGGCGAAAUCUUCGGCCGCGCCGCCCGCGUCCUCCGCGAGUCUCUUGACGUCGAGGGCGUCGUCUUCUACGAUGCCAGCGUCAAAUCCUACGCGGGACUCGUCCGCAAUUCAGAUGACCGUCCCUCCGAUGGCGAGAGCAGUAGCGGGUCUAGCGAGGCGCAGUCCAGCAGCGAUAGCGAGAAUCCGGCCAACGAGCAUUCGUCCACGGAAACGGAUGACUUUAACAUGUCGGAUGUCCUGGGAUUCUCUUUGCAGGACCCCGAGCAGCCCAUGGGCGCCAUCCGCGAGACGUUCCUGCGCUCUUUGCUCCGGAAUUACCCGCAGGGUGCAAUCUUCAACAUCGACGAGAACGGCGGCGUGUCAUCAAGCGAAGGGAGCGACAGCGCAUCGUCAACGAGCGUGUCGAGGGAGAUCUUCUACCGCCGCCACGAGGGGCCCAAAACACAGCGAAAAUGGAAGCAGCGCAAGCGGCAUCGGGUCUCACUCAAGGAAGAAAACAAGGCCCUCAUGAAGGUCUUCCCAUCUGCGCGCUGCGUAACCCUCUUCCCGCUCUGGGACUCGCGGCGCAACCGCUGGUUCUCCGGAUUGUUCGUCUGGACCAAGUCUCCCCGCGUGUUUAGUCUGGGAGGCGAGCUCGCCUACCUUUACGCCUUUUCCAACAAUAUCAUGGCCGAGAUCCACCGCCUCGAUAUGGAGCUCGCGAAUCGCGCGCACGCGACACUCGUCGGGAGCAUCUCGCACGAGUUGCGCAGUCCACUGCAUGGGAUUCUUGGGAGCACAGAGUUACUCGGCGACUCGGCGCUGACGCCCGCGCAGACGGCGCUGGUGAAUACGGUCGAGCACUGCGGGCGGUCGCUGCUGGAUAUCAUCAACAACAUGCUCGAUUUCGCAAAGAUCAACCAGUUCACGCGGAAAUCCAGGUCGUCAAGGCUGAAGUUUUCGCGGCCGACGAGGCGGAUGACGGCGAAUGGGAAUGGACUGAGUAGUGGGCCCAAGGGGCAGCCGAAUGAUGGGAUUGUUAAUCUUAUUGGUGACGUGCAGCUUGAUGCUGUGCUGGAGGAGGUUGCAGAUAGUGUCUUUGCGGGGCACUGCUUCAGUUCCAAGGCGAGUGGUCUGGCACAGGGGGCCACGUCUAUGCCGACAUUGAAUCAAGACGGGGAGUUGGUCAUGGCGAGUCCGACCGAGCGGCCGCUGUCUGCGUUCAACGAGUCGCUCACGGUCGUCUACGACGUUGCGCCAGAUGUACAGUGGUUAUUUGAGACACAAGCGGGUGCGUGGCGUCGCGUAUUGAUGAACCUGUUCGGAAACGCACUCAAGUACACGCAAUCCGGAUACAUCCACGUUUCGCUAAAGUCAUCUACACCUUCAACAGCCCCCGGGAACAGAAGGCCCUCGCGGUGUGAGAGCGAUCGCGAAGAACCUGCAACCGUCACGCUCACCGUCAAGGAUACCGGCCAGGGCAUCGACAAGGAGUACCUGCAAAGCAACAUCUUCAAGCCCUUUUCGCAGGAGGAUCCGCUCUCACCCGGAAGUGGUCUCGGGCUGAGCAUCGUGCACCAGACGGUUGUAUCACUUGGUGGCAAGAUCGACAUCAGUUCGACAAAGGGCGUCGGGACGGAGGUUACGGUGCACUGCGAUCUGUCACGUACGCCAAACGCCGAAGUUACCAGCGCUGACGAGGGGCGGGGGAUCGUCCAAGAAGCAAAGGAGCUCGUCCGGGGCAAGUCGAUCGGACUCGUUGGAUUCGAGGCGCCCUCGGAGAAGAAUGAUCAAGCUUUGGAGCUGCUGCGCUCUUCACUUACACGCACAUACCAAGGCCAUUUUGGUAUGAAAGUCCGCUUCGUCUACCCCGAGACAAUCGGCGAGCCCUGCGACAUGUACGUCGCCCGACAGACAUACAUGAACGAAGCAGACGAGAUCUGCCGGAGGGUCACAGCGGCAGCGGCGGCAGCAGGGAAGAGUCCAAUCUCACCUCCAGUAAUAGUCAUCUGCUCGACGCCACAGGUGGCCCAGAAGCUUUCGACGAGCGCGAGCCCGCUGGCCCCUCGCUCAGUCCACGAAUUCAUCAGCCAGCCAUGUGGUCCGAGCAAAAUGGCGAAUACACUGCGCGCGUGCAUCAACCGACAAAAGGAGCAGGCGAACCACCCACCAGCAAAAACAAACGGCGUUCAUGAACCGAAGCCCGCGAAGAAUAUCCUCCCUCUUUCUUUACCCCCCACACCGCUCCGCAACGGCGCGACGGGCGCUCACGCCGACAUCUGUGUCUCACCGAUCAAGUCCGCUGCUUCGAUUACGACGUCAACGCUCGACAGUGGUCCUAUCACGGAGAUCUCGGCCACCCUUGAACCCCUGCCGAUUGUUCCCUCUGUGUUGCUGGUCGACGAUAACACGGUCAACCUCCAGCUACUCGUUGCUGUCAUGAAAAAGGCAAAAUUCCCCCACUUCACAGCGUGCAACGGUCUCGAGGCUCUAGAGGUAUAUAAAGCGCACUCGAGGGAGAUUCAUGUCAUUCUCAUGGACAUCUCAAUGCCAGUAAUGGACGGCCUCGAAUCCACACGCGAAAUCCGACUCUUCGAAAAACUCCAACUCCAACGAAAAGACCCCCUCAAGCCCGCGACGAUCAUCGCGCUCUCCGGGUUGGGCAGUGCGCCUGUGCGGCAGGAGGCGUUUAACUCUGGAGUUGAUCUGUUCCUGUCGAAGCCUGUGCGGUUCCAGGAGCUGAUUCGGCAGAUUGAUGAGUUGACGAAGUGA